CACCUAUCACUGUACGACCUCGUUAUCUCGGAGGUAUCGGUACGGGUGAUGCUUGCGUUGGGGCCUCUGGCGUCCGACCGAGCCGGUGCGCAGUGUCCCUCCUGAUUCCGUUAGUGACAGAUCGUACCAAGGCUGUCUUCAUGUUGUCGCGACUUCGAGCUCGAUGGUCGGGCGGCACACACCGUCCACGGCAACCAUCUGAGAAUAACAGUGACAGCGAUGCGCCUUCCCCCGAGGAUGACUCACGUCCAGUUCCAUAUGUCCUCGAGGGCACUAUUCAUCACCGAGCGGCCCCUGGCGACCCCCCUGACGGACGUCCAAGCGUUAUGAUUCCCGAUAUGAUCUCCACGUGCCUCCAGGCCGUGUGGAACAACACCAUCGCAGUCUCCGGUGACCGGGAGUACAAGGGCAGCGACGUCCUCCAAAUGAUCAACAUGUACGCAAAUAGGUUUGUCGCCCACGGCCUCCAUCCGGGCCAAAGGGUGUGGGCGAAGCUCCACAACACACUGCAGAACUGGGCCGCGUCCAUGGGAGUCAUCUUCGCUGGCGGAGUGUUGUUUCUCAGUAGCAACUCACUCAUAGGAGGGGCUUCUAUCAAUCUGUUGGUGGAGAGCGGAGCCCGGUAUAUCCUCACGGACGAAGGAAACAAACCGCUGUUGCAACAGUGGAUCGCCGACGACGCGCGCACUGCGCCACCUCGGAAUCUAUUCACCUAUCUCGCCGCCAGUUUGGAAGAUGACUCCUCUUCCUCGGGCGAUGAAAAAAGGGAUUUCGAUGUCUACAGUCCCAGGAGCAACUCGUGCAUCGGCUUUGUGCUCUAUACCCCGGGUUACACGGGACCCCCAAAAGGCGUGGAGUUCUCUCAUAGAGCCUAUGUGACAGCUUUUCGGAUCUGUCGAACACUGGGACAUGUCGGGGAAGGAGACGUCUACCUCGCGUGGAGUCCUUUGGCACACGCGUUUGGAUUCACGCUGAACGUGUUCCCCAUGUUUCUUGGAGCAGUGGUCGUAUUUCAAGAGCCAACACUCACGUUCAGGGAGUUCAAGAACGUACUCGAAACCAGAUAUGUGACGGCAAUGUUCUGCUUUCCGAAGAUGAUACUUCGAGUGUUUCAAGAGGCCAAAGAGAGAAAGCGAACCGCGGGGGACUGGAGGAGAACGUACAGGUUCCCAGCAGUCAACAAGAUCUUGGUUGGUGGCCAGUGGAUUCCCGAACACCUGCCCAAAAAGCUGAUGGAUCGCUUCGGGUGCCAGCGCUUGUGGCGGUACUACGGGCUCACUGAGACUCUUGGCGUGGUCGUUGAAUCUGAGUACACGGGAAACGCCAUGCGCUUUCGGGGUUUUGUGGUUCCCAAGGUCAGAGCAAAGGUACCGCUCCCAGUAGUCAUAGAUUUUUUGGGAGGAUUUUGUUUUGCGUUUUUGUUAAAUUUAGUACGGGUGCAGUUCAAAGUAUUAAUCCACUGUGUUCACAGCCCUUCGGUUCUCAAACUUUAG